AUGCGUCUAGUCCGAACUCUGCGACUUUCAAGUCAUACAAGCGCGUUCCCGCCAAAGCCCCAAAUCCCACAGCGCGGACCAGUAACACCACGAACAAUCAGCACAACACAACGGCACCCAGAACUACAAUUAAAAGCAAAAGGAAACACAUACACCACCCGCAGAGAAUUCAAUCUCUCAUCCCUCGCAUCUCUCCUCCCCAAUGGCAACAACAACGGCAACAACUCUCUUAAGCGCGUCCUGACCGCAAACCGCACACUGCCCUACAAACCAGCCGUACUGUUCAAAGUAAUCUCCUCUGUGGAAUCAUACUCGCAAUUCCUCCCCUUCCUCACCGCAUCAACUGUCACAGCCCGAGACCCUGAAACCGGUUAUCCAACCCAAGCCUUCUUGACUAUCGGCUACGGCCCGCUGAGCGAGACUUUCACGUCACGCGUAGACUGUGACCCAGCUACCGGGGUAGUCGAAGCACGCAGCGGCGCGAAGUAUGCAGAAUCGGCAUCGGGUCAGGCUGCUGUAAGCAGUAAGUCUGGACUAAGUGGAUUGUUCCCUGGCGCUAACGAGGGUAUUUUUGAGUACCUCUCUACUCGGUGGGAGUUGGUGACCGUUUCUCCUGAGAAUGCGUCUAGCGGACCGCAGACUAUGGUGACUCUUGAGGUGAAAUUCGAGUUCCGGAACCCGUUGCAUGCUACUGUUAUGAGUACAGUUGAGGGGCAGAUGGCUGGGAUCAUGAUUGAGGCGUUUGAGAAACGUAUUCAGGAGAUGCAUGGUAAGGGUCUGUAG